CUGUAGCGGGUGCAGAGCCCGUGGCUGAAAGGAACCGUCUAGGCACACUGGCUGGGCUUGUGCUUCUGACUCCGGAGAGCUGGAGAGCCGAUCCGGUGUUUCUGGACUCCAAGUGAAAGUCUUCCUGUGGACGCUGAGGGUCUGUCCUCAGCGCUUGGAUUCCUACAGCCCCCAGGGCCGGACCCCCACAGCCUUCCAGGUCCUAGAGCCCCGCAGACGCUGAGCCAUGGCCUCCAUGGGGCUGCAGGUGAUGGGCAUCGCGCUGGCCGUGCUGGGCUGGCUGGGCGCCAUCCUGAGCUGCGCGCUGCCCAUGUGGCGCGUGACGGCCUUCAUCGGCAGCAACAUCGUCACGUCGCAGACCAUCUGGGAGGGCCUGUGGAUGAACUGCGUGGUGCAGAGCACCGGCCAGAUGCAGUGCAAGGUGUACGACUCGCUGCUGGCGCUGCCGCAGGACCUGCAGGCGGCCCGCGCCCUCAUGGUCAUCUGCAUCAUCCUGGCACUGCUGGGCGUGCUGCUCUCCGUGGUGGGGGGCAAGUGCACCAACUGCGUGGAGGAUGAGAGCACCAAGGCCAAGACCAUGAUCGUGGCGGGCGUGGUGUUCCUGCUGGCCGGCCUGCUGGUCCUGGUGCCCGCGUCCUGGACGGCCAACACCAUCAUCCGGGACUUCUACAACCCGCUGGUGGCCUCGGGCCAGAAGCGGGAGAUGGGUGCCUCUCUCUACAUCGGCUGGGCGGCCUCGGGCCUGCUGCUGCUGGGGGGGGCCCUCCUCUGCUGCAAUUGCCCGCCCCGCACUGACAAGCCCUACUCGGCCAAGUACUCCGCCGCCCGCUCCGCCCCAGCCAGCAACUACGUGUAAGGCGACUCAGCUCUGUCCCGCCGGCUUUGUUCCUCCCUGGACUGAAGGCGCAGCCCUGUGAGCCCAGGAUGGCCCCGGGGCUGGACAAGCGGGGACUGAGCCAGGCCAUUGUUCCGGCAGCCCUCAGCCCCUUCUAGCCCCCUUGGACACUCACCUGAGGCCCCUUCUACUCGAGCAAGGAUGGACAGAAAGGGACUCCUGUGCCACCCUCCACUGAAGGGCCGGAGGAUACAGGAGAGAGGGCGGAAGUAACAGGUGUGGCGGGGGAGGCGGGAGCGGGCUCCUGCUGGCCAGGACAGCUCAGCCCUGACUUGGCCUGGGCUCUGCCUCGUGCCCUGCGCAUGCCCGUGUUGGCCAGGAGAUCGGCUGGGGCCUCGCUCACCCACCUGACUGUAGAGCCAGAGUUGACACGGAGUUGACAGACGGGUUUGGAGGGGAGGGGUGAAGGUGCUACAAACUGGUUUGGGUAGUGGUGGGGAGGAGGCCAUGGAGGCUGCCCAGGCAGCCCGCACCCCUUCCUGCCCCCACCCUGCAGCCUCAGGGCUCUGCCUCGGCAGCAGGACCCCGGGACUCUUGGGACUUGCGACAUCUGCCACCCCUGCCAAGGUCACUGGACAUCCUGGGGACAGCUGGGGGGGGGGGGGGGCGGUCUCUCUCUGGCCUUCACUCCCGGGAAGUCCUGGGCCUUUUCCCUGCCUCCUCUGUGGUUUGUUUUAUAACUUAAGGAGAUCUGUUGUCAUGGUAAUUACUAUUAUUUUCUACAAUAAAUGGGUCC